AACCUAACAGCAAAAACCCUAGAAGCACUUUAUCUCAUUUUGAGCCUCAAAUCCCCAAUAUAAAACCUUCCUCUUCUACUAGCGGCCACCUUCUUGUUUGAACCGCAGCUCCAUCUUCCUUACUUCAACCUGCAAAUCUAAGGUGUCGUUUUUCAGAACCCUAGACUGCGGCAGCCAUGGUGAAGGGGAGGCAGGGAGAAAGAGUCAGACUCUACGUCAGAGGAACGGUGCUUGGGUACAAGAGGUCGAAGUCAAACCAGUAUCCAAGAACUUCGCUGAUCCAAAUUGAAGGGGUGAAUACCAGGGAAGAAGUAGCAUGGUAUGCUGGAAAGCGUUUGGCAUACAUUUACAAGGCCAAAGUGAAGCAAAAUGGAACUCACUACCGAUGUAUUUGGGGCAAGGUAUCCAGGCCUCAUGGGAACAGUGGCAUUGUUCGAGCUAAGUUCAAGUCAAACUUGCCCCCAAAAUCCAUGGGUGAUAAAAUUAGGGUAUUUAUGUACCCCAGCAAUAUAUGAGUUCUUCUGAUCAGCUAGGUAGAGGUCAAGGUUUCAUUUUCUUUGUUGACUUGGGUGGAUCCAUAUUUUUGUUUUACUUUUCUUCCAACUGGACCCAAUGUUUAGAUUAUUAUGUUUUCAUGUAAAACUUGACUUUAUUUUUAACGUUCGUUAUGGAAUAUUACUUUCAAUUUUGACCGACUUUCAUUUCAUAUUAAAGGCUUCUCUGCAAGACUUGCUGAA